GAAAGCCGUCCGAGCGACCCUGGUCCUCGUCCCCCUGUUCGGCCUCCACUACCUCCUCACCAUCUACAGACCGCCGAGGAGCGCCUGCAAGUGGGUCGAGUACUACCAGUACUUGAACGACGUGCUGGACGGGAUCCAGGGUUUCCUCGUCGCCAUCAUCUUCUGCUACCUCAACGGGGA